CCAGCACUGUGCCCUAUAGUGGCCACGAGUCCUCCCUUCCAGGAUGCGUUUGGGAAGUUGUGUGCUCCUCCCUGGUUCGAGUCUGGCUCAAAAAAGACACUCAACCAUGAAGAUAACAUAAGUUCUAAUGGGGAAGUCUCGCUCUCUCUGGCUGUGCUUCCCUGUCCUGAGACUGACGAGCAGCUUCUGGAGGUGCCCUCUCUCCAGGAGGAGUUUGAUCAUCGCGACCCUAUGUGCGGUCUAUCUGCUUUUUGUGGUUUCAUACGUGGGAUACUCUCAGCAGCAGCGGGACAGACGGACAGACAACCACAAGUACCGACACACCCGGGGACUGGAGACCGACGGUGCCUUCCUGGACUCUGCGGACCUGCCCACCGGGGAGAGCUCGGUGGUCCCGACCCGGUCCAACGUGGUGUACAUCACACUCAAGUUCAAGCGCCUGAAACCUGCGAAUAUUCGGGGCACAAUCAGGCCAAAGCUCAGGAGGAAGCUGAGGAAGACCAAAUCGGCCAGUUCUGCUUUUACGCACGACAAACUUGGCGCUUUGGAGCGAGACGCGGGGCAGGUUAACCACCACUUUGCACCCAAGACUUCCUGGAAGGAAACCAGGGAUGUGGAUUAUAAAUCUCUAGAUGUAAUCCACAGAGAUGAGGUGGAUAACACAAGCUCCAUACGGAUCUACAGCCAGCGCGCACCGCAGUGGCUCAGCGCACAGGACGUGGGAGCCAUGCGCUUUCUGGCUGAUGCCAAAGUUUUACGCAUCAGAGAAGUUUCUCGCGGGGAGUCUCCAUCCCCUCUCCUGGUGUUUGAGGGGGAGACCAGGACCAGGGGAAACCACACCCGGGGCAGGGUGUGCGUGGGGCGGUGUGGAGUCAUCUCCAGCCCCGGGGACACCACCGAGGUCUUUGCUUUCCAUCUGGACAGAGUGCUGGGGCUGAACAGGACGCUACCGGCCGUGGGAAGAAAGUUCAGGUUUCUACACGACGGCCAGCCAUGUCCAGUGGCGUUAUGGGACGCGUCUCUGUACCCAGAGGGUCUCGCUGCAGGCCGGGCCACCGUGAGGCUGACAUGGGGGGGCUACCAGAGAUCCCUGAAGCAAAGGUGUUGGCUUAGAAACAUCAACCCGAGGCCCGACUCCGACUGCUGCUCGAUUCAUCACUUUGAGUGGAGCAAACUCGCUCUGUUUGACUUCUUGUUACAGAUUCACAACCGUCUGGACGGGAGCUGCUGUGGGUUCCGGCCCCGGCAGGAGGACGAGUGCGUGGAGCUCGGACCCCGUGCUGAGUGCAGGGACCCGGAGCGCCUCCACCUGGCCAACAUCUUCCACAGGGGUCACGACCCCAGACACCUGGUGUUCACCAACAACAAGGGCUUCUUUGACCGCAACGAAGACAACCUGGACUUCAGGCUCCUGGAGGGCAUCACUGAUCUCCCGGAGCAGGCGGUGUCGGUGCUGAGGAGCAGGAGGCUGAGGGAGCGACUCCUCCAGUCUCUGUUCCUGGACCAGACGUACUGGGAGAGCCAGGGUGGCCGACAGGGCAUCGACAAGCUGAUCGACGUAAUCGAGAGGCGGGCGAAGGUCCUCCUCACCUACAUCAACGCACACGGGAUCAAAGUCAUCACAAUGAACGCGUGACGAGGUCCAAAAAAACAUUUUUUAUCGUAGUCUGGAUAAAAAACAUCAGGUAAUUAUUAUACAUAACGUAAUUUAUCACAAGAGUAUGAGAGCAUAAAUAUGUGUGGCCCUGAUCUUCAGGAUCAUGUGCUUUUAAAUGGAAUAUUAUAAAAAUCAAACAGGACAAAGAAGUAAUUAUACAAUUUCUAUAUUUAUUUGAAAAAAAAUGAAUUCUCUUAAUGAAGGACUUAUUAUGAAUCACCCACUAACCUGUAUUUGCAAAGCAUUAAAUUAAUCAAUGGAUGUAAGGGAAUAUAUCUGAACUCAGCAUUUUCACGAGAUACUGAGAGACUCUUUAAAUUAACUGAUGUAUGACAUUUACUUUGACUCUCACUGAAGGAAACUAAUUAGUUUUUCUUCCGUCUGCCGAGUCUUCUCUCGUUUCUCCCCCCCGAGGCCAAAAGGCCGUCGUCAUUAUGUAAAGAACACGCUUCCGUUAUCGCUUCUCCUCCUCCUGAGGCCUUCCAGAAACUAUCAUUCUCACCGUGAACGACGAGAAAGAACGACACGAUAAGUUAUUGUCUGAAUGUGGCGUCGAACAUUUUACACUGCAGGAUAAGUUAUUGAAUCUUUUAUAUCUUAAAAACGCCCAAAUGUGAACAUUUGUCAUGAUGAUUGGAGGAGAACUGGGACAGUGACUGUACAUUUUAAACUGAAGGAUUUUAAGUUCAAGAACUUUUCUUUUCUCUUGUAACUUUAUUUCAAUACAAAAACACUGCUUUUUCCAUAACCCUUUGUUUUUAUUGUAUUUAUUUAUUUUUGUACUUUGUUUUCUAAUUAUUGAAGCUGUCAAUAAAAGUUUGUUUUGUGUCAAAAGUU